GUUUUGUUUGACAUUUUAAAUCGCAGUAAAAGGAGUCUGGCGCGUUUCUAAUUUAAAACGACUGUGUUUUAUGAUUAUUACUAAUAAAACGCUUCUCUUAUCAAUAAGAUGUCUUCAAUAACUCAACUAUGUCGUUUGAGUAAUUUAACAAUAAGCAGUUAUAAAACUGUGCUGCAAGGAAGAACCAGUUGGAUAAAUCCAGUGCAAAUAUGCAACUACACGAAGAAAUCAGCAGAACAAAAACUAGGCAUCGAGAGACCAAAACGGCCUCUAACUCCGUUUUUCAAGUUUAUGACACAAAUGAGACCAGCACUGCUGGCUAAGAACCCCGGUAUUACUUCCAAGGAAGCAAUUGCGUGGAGCUCCAAGCAUUGGCAACAGUUAGAUUUAGAGACUAAAGCUCAAAUGACAAAAGAAUAUGAGAAAGACUUGGAAGAUUAUAAGAAGAUAAAAGCCAUGUACGAGUCUUCAUUGACUGACGAGCAGAAAGCUGACAUCCAACGGGUCAAAGAAGAGAUGGCCGCUGCCAAGGAGAAGAGAAAAUUAAAAGCUGAAUACAAAGAGCUAGGAAAGCCAAAGAAACCAAUGUCUUCCUAUUUUCUAUAUAUCCAGUCUAGGAAAGAUUCAUUCAAGGGCCAAAAAAUGAAGGAAUAUCAAGAAAAAGUAAAAGUGGAUUGGCAGAAAUUACCAGAAAAUGAAAAAGCUAAGUUUGAAAAGCAAGCCUUGGAACUUAUGAAUAAAUACAGAAAAGACUUAGAAGCAUGGGAGUUGAAAAUGAUCUCACAAGGACGCUCAGAUCUUGUGCGUAGCAAGCCUGUACGAGAAAAGAAGCCAGCAAGUGCUAAGAAAUCACAAUAGGAACUCGGGUGCUCCGAUGAUUUAACUGACUCAAAUACAGAAAACAUAGAUAAGGAAAGGGGAGAAUGUAAAUAUGAUAAACAGGAUAUCUAUGAGCCACAAAUAAAGUCAACUCCAGAAUUGAAAAUGGAACAGAAAAGUAUUAACAAGCCAGAGUCGGAAGAGCGUCGGAGCACGGGUGAUAGCCAUACACAUAAUCAAAAUAAACCUGAUAGCAGAGACAAGGAGCCAAGUAAGACUAUCAUGGGUAGCAUUAAGAACUUCUUUAAAUUCUAGUUGCCUAGUCCUAAUCAUGUUUUAUGAUUUUCUUCCUAAUGUAGUUUUGAUACUGUUGAUUAAGUUUAGCAUAUUAUUUUCUCAUUGUAGAUUACCUCCAUCUGUAUGUUGUUUUCACAAAUAUAUGUGUAUAUAGUU